ACUUUUCCCCCCACUACGACGCCCCUGCCUCUCCACAAAACACCCAGAGCUCCUCUUGAUUAAACUCAUCUAAGUGUAUUUUAAAGACAGUCUGGUUGGAUUGAACCUGCAGCCUGGACCACAGCACUGGGUCUCAGUCAGGUAGGGACCGUGUGGGAAGCUGGUGCUGAUUAACACGUGGCAGCGUCCAGGUUUUGCACUCCGAGACCUUGUCCCCACUUUUGAUUAUGCAACUGGAGUGUCAGGGCGCACGUGGAGCUGUCACACACUCCCUGGGGUCCGGUAACACUUUGACGCUCCCUGCACGAGGAUUCUGCGUGAAGUGAGACUCGACUAAUUGUCCGCGGUCCCUGAACUUUCUGAUGAAAUCUCUGAAUGCAGCUAAAGACGGACAGACGGAAGAGACACGACGGUUGAAAUAACUCUACAGAGGGGGAACUGACUCGGUAUUACAGCUGGUAGGAGAUUAAGCAGGCUGAACUCGGCAAAGUACUCGACUCAUCGUGUCGUGAAGAAGGAGGAUUUAUAAUCUACCGUCGAGCUCAUAUCACUAAUGCUAAGCUAACUGGCUAUCAUCACCGGUUGGUUUGAAGCCGAAGGAGACCGAGCAGCUGCCGCCUUUUUACCCACUCUAAAACCUCUCAACAUGGCUCAUCUCUCCACCUCACGACUAGACUUUACCUCGCACCGGAAUUCAAGUGUGUUUGGUGUGUGUCUGCUCUCCAGCCCCGUCGCCGUUUUUACCAAAUUCUCCACCAGAAAGAAGUCCAACCACCACUCCCAGCAGCGCGCCGGGGUCAGGGAUGAUGUUUCAUGGGUUCCCUCUGGUUCUGAUGGUGGGUUUGUGGCCCAGGCAGAAUAAAGAAGAUGUUUAUUGAAAGGACUUGUUGAAAUGGAAAGUGCUCAUAUGUGCUCCUGUUAGGCCGGGCUGCAGCCUCCUUUAGUUUGACAGCUGUCAGAUCAGCAGAUAUACUGACAUAUAUUCAUCACCGCUGCUCAGGUUACUUCAGAUAACACAUAUUUUGCACUUUUAAAUUGAUUUAAAAUGUUUAGAAGUAUGAGCGGUGAGGGACAUUUAACAAGCGGGAAGGGCUCGCCUUCUCCAGCCGGGCAUGGAGUCACCUCCCCCGGCCUCGACAGUCAGGAAAGCUCGUGGAUCGGCCUGCUGUCGGUGGUUUCAAGGCCUGCGAUGUCAUUUCUGCAAAAGUAUCUUCCGGGUCGAUCCCGAAACAUGGCCUUGCCUGACAACGUAGCAGGGUGGAUGAGCGGGGAGUUAAAAUCAAGCUUUGUUGAUGAAGGAAGAGAGUUUUUAAGACAGCUGGACGACAUGAUGCCGCAGCACCCGGCUCCUCACCUGACCUACCUGCAGUGUCAGCACCACGGAGCCUCCGGCCUGCUGGAGCCCUCAGGCGGAGAGACUCUGCCGUGGCUGACUUCAGAUUCUCUGCGGGAAAUAGGGAUUCAUAGCACGGAGGAACUAGACUUUAAUCUGUGCCAGCAGACUCAGGUUGGAUAUCUAUCCUCUGUUGGGACUUUUCUCAGUCUGAGCUCGGUGUCUUCUCAGGAAAUCAAACCCUCCGUGGGGAAGGACUGGGUGAAGGAGGCGGUCAACUCCUCAGCAAAGAGCAGUGGAGGUAAAAGUAGGACGUGGUGGGGCAGCUUUUGGGGAGGUGAGGAGAGCUUACAGAAGGGACUGUUGUCAGAUUUGUCCCGGGUCAAGGAGAGGACAGCGACAGGCCGGCUUUGUUCACAACAACCAGAGGCUGAGAUAAAUGCCCCUGCUGCAGGAACAACCACUGUGUUUGUCCAGAGUGACAUAAGGGGCCAGACGCAGGGAGAACACACUGGACCGGCCGACCACAAAGACCAGCCGGCCAACAAUGGAGGCCUUCACACAGCCCAGAAUACAGAGACAUCCACACCUGACCAGCAUCUCAGCAUAUGUAACCACCUGAGCAGAUCAGGAGCCGCCACCGCCUGCAGUGAGGUGGCAGUUCUCACCCCUGAUCAGGACAAUGGUUACUCCAGCCUGGAGGAGGAACACUUCCAGGUGUGCCACAUGUCCGCUGCGGAAACCCUGAGUGAAGGGACACCACAGCAGGAGCCUGAAACCAGAUCCGCCAUCAAGACUGACAUGGAGGAAGAGACUUCCGAGGAAGGAGAUUCUACAUCAGGACAAGCUGACAAGAAAGAGGGGACGAAGAGCAACAAGGAAAACCAGGAUGCAGCAGCUGAGGAGGUUCAGUCUGCGGAGGCGGCGGCCCUCCCUAACCCACAGUGCCAGAACAAGGCCAUCGCCUUCAUCAUGGGCUGCCCCUGCAGCGACGAGGACAGCAGCCAGUCUGAAGGGGAGUCCAGUGAUGAGGAUGAUGAAGAUGAUGAUGGCUUUGACAGCGAGGGCUCAUCUGAUCUGUCUGACUCCUCAGAUGAAGACGACGAUGCAGACUCAGACAGUGAGGCGGACUCUGAGGCGGAGCGGCUUUGGACCUCCCUUUGCCAAAACUCUGACCCAUACAACCCUCAGAACUUCACUGCCCGCCUGCAGACCCGCAGCACCCCACCCAGGGCCAUCCCCACCUCCACGCCUCCCUCUUCUGCCCAGUCCACCCCAGCCUCCUCCCCUGACCUCACCUUGCUCCCGGCAUCCUCCCUUGCCACCUCCUCUCCCCUCGGUUCCUCCCCUCCCUCUGGAAACGAAUCCUGGGACGACUCCACCUCGGCCAGCGAUGCGGACGAAGCGGAGAGCCUCCGUCUGUGGAGCUCCUUCAGCUGCUCUGCAGACCCCUACAGCCCCUUUAACUUCCAGGCCUCCGUCAGGACUCGAGAGCCUGUAGUGGCAGGGCCCCGGGUCAGGGCCAAGGCCAAAAAGGCCUCCCAGACUCCCUCUUGUUCCACCUCUCCACCUGAGUACAGGAAGGAGGAGGCCGAGGAGAGGCUAGAUAGUGGCUUCUCUGAACCCUGCACCUCCAGCAGCACCCGCACCUGCAGCACCAGAAAGAAGGUCCGUUUCUGUGACGAUGUGGAGGAGUUCUUUGCGAGCUGCAGUGAGGAGGAGGAGGAGGACCGCCGCGGCCCGUGGGAGGAGCUGGCCCGGGACCGCUGCAGAUUCCUGCGGCGCUGUCAGGAGGUGGAGCAGAGCAUCGCCUUCUGCCUGCAGCCGCAGCACCGCAGCUUGGUGUACCGACGCCUCACCGUCCUGUACGUCCAAGACGCCUAAGUAAGACCCACCAGUCAGUCCUCUAAAGUUGUGACGCAUGAGGAGGAUUGGCGUGUCCUCUGCGGUCCAUCCAGGACGAAUGAGGACAUAAACUCUGUCCUCUAGAGUCCUGCACCUACAGGAAAGAUGAAUCCACCCUGUUUGUCUGUGAUGCAUGAGGAGGAUCGGGCUGUCCCCUUUAUCCUGUGUAAGGAUCAUCACCUAGUUUGACAUGUCACAGUGAGAGCGGCUGCACGUGUUUAGAGACACAGAGACAGCAGAUGGACCGACUGAGAGCUGCUGAACUCUUUAUUCACUGACCGCCUCUAUGACAGGGUUCAACCUCACGUUUGAGUCCUUCGUUUGUUUCUACCGCUUCGUCUUUUCUGACGCAGUUGACUCAUCAAACAGAAUCAGGGUCGCUUCACAGCAGACUCGCACACAAGCAGAGGAAGGGCUGAAUCACUGUGAGGAGCGCGUUCGUGUGGAAAUGUCAGCGUGUUUUUAUUUCCAGGGAAAAAAAAGAUGUCUAAACCUGUCUGCAGCUUCUUAUCAGUGUCACCUCAGCUCAUCAUCACUUCAUAUUUUACUUUCUGUGCCAAAGGUUUCGUCCCGGACUCAGAAACAAGCUGCUUUUUUUCAUCCUGCAAGACAGUCCAGAGAACUCCCAGGAGUCAGAAGACGAUUAAAAGAAAGAUGUUUGAAUAAAUACAGGUGCUUCUUUCACUUCCUCUGGGCUUCGUGCUCCGGUUUAUGAUUCAAAGUUUGUUUCAUUUAUUUAAACUUGUGGAUGAAAGCAGCAGCUUCUUUCUCUCGUCCCCCUCGUGUUAAAGAAUCAAACAGUACACAGAAUAAGUUCAUGUCUGUUAAAUGAUGAUCUCAGUAUUUCUUCUUGUUGCAGAAAAAGUUUCACCUUUAAAGCCAAAGAUUGCUCGAGUUGGAGCGAAGACGUGAAGUGUUUGAAUCUGAUUUGGAUGAAUUUCUCUCCUAAAGGUAGAAAAGUGUCCUCCACCUGCUCGCUCACGACUAAACACUAUCACUGAAAAUCAAUAAUCAGCAGUGUUCUGAUCUGCUCAUAAGCUUGUGUUAAAGCCAAACUUCCCAAACACAGAGCAUCACUUCGUCCUGAAGAGGUUUCAACUGUCCCGACUUUUUUUAAGAGUAUAAAAAGUGUUCAGUGUGACGCUCAGAGGAGACAGAUUUAUGAAAAACAGAUAAGUUAAAAUGUUCUGAAACUGAGAAAUGAUCAUUUUGAAAAAGAGCCAGGACUGAAACAUGCAACUUAUUCCACCCCCAGCCGCUCUGUGCUCCCUCCUUUCUCUCCUGCUGAAAGACACUGAAUCCAAACUUAAGGUGGUAAAUACAACUUAGUAAAAACAGGUUUAAUCCAGAAAGAUACAUUGUUUUCUGCUGAAUCAGAUUUUUGUCUUGUUUAUAAAAUGAGGAGAAAUGGAGAGGGAAGAUCGGCAAACCUUUUAAAAAUGAACAAAAAAGCGUCCUAAAUAAAGAGCGACAGAUUAUUGAUUAUCAGAUUUAUCUUAUUAAUAAUACAAACUGACUACAAAGGUUCCCAGUGUGGAGAUAAAUGAUCCAUCAGCAGAGAGAAGGAACAAAAUAAAAGUCCAAAUGAAGUCCUCUCUUGUGUUCGUACCAAGUAUUCAUAUAUCAGUGUUCAGAUUAAAUCAAAACAUUUGAUUAGAGGUUUGUCGACUCAUAAAACAUUGUGAUUCUUUUGAUUUAAAGUGUGUAAAAUGACAGUCUAAAUUAAAAAAUAUUCGGCAAACAAAAUUUCUGGAUGAAUCUGUUUCAAUCCUGGGCCACAUUUUGACAUAUUUUGGGUGAAAAUGACUCUCGAGUACAGGAAGCUGAAGAAACGAAAGCUUCAAUCAAUCGAGGCAGAGGUAGACCAGCGACUCCUGUGGACUCACUGUUUCUGUUAAUGGAGUUUGGUGGCUUUGAUCAGAGGGGUGUAACAUCUGUUUCAGGUUUAAAAAAAACUGUCUGUUUUCAUCUGAACUCGUUUUUGUGCACAUUUUCGUCACAAAAAUACAGAUUUAGCUCCAAACUCCUGUUAAACAGCCUAGAGGAUUCAACGUAACACAUUUAAAGUGACAGAUAAAGUAAACCAACAACUCCUACUUUCUGAGGUAAAACUCCUUUCUGUAAUGUUGUCAGACUCUUAUACAACCUGGAAAACUGGAAACAGUGGACACGCUUUGAUCCAUCAAGGAUUAUGUCACAGCCUGUUUACCUGCUGCAGGAGGAAGAUCUUUACCAGAGCAGCUCCUAAACUUUUGGUACGCGUAAGUCAGAGACACCAUGAAUAUGUUAAAAAAGGGGGGCCCAGGUUAAUAGAACAUCAAAAUCUGUAGCGAGAAGUAAGAAGGUCUCCAUGUAGACUGAAGGUGUUCAAUUACUGCAGUGUUAAAUUAACUUCAGCCAUGUCUCUGUCGUCUCAUCUUUUCAUCUAAUCACUAGAAUAAGGAGGCAGCACUGAAACCUCCCCGUCUGCAGGUCUGUUAGACGCCAGCAGGAGGAGAGAUGGAUAAAUCUUUGGUCAUAUUUUAAUCAUAAAUGCUUAUUUUUCUAAAGCAUCUUCUGUUUGGUGGCUGGCUUGUUCUGCUUCACUUCAUCACAAAAAAGAAGUUUGACAAUUAAAUAUUAAAUCAAUAUUUAAUAACCACA